UUUCAAUAUUUUGAUUUUCAUUAUUGCAUUGGAAGUGAAGGUGAUUGAGGAUAUUGUGUUUACAUUGUUACACAACAGUUACUAAUAAGAAAAUUUAUCGUUAUUUUUAUUUAAUUCAACAAGAAUGGCUCUUCUACGAGCUGUCACACGCAAUAUAUCAGAGAAUUUGCUUGCUGCUCGUUCAGCGAGUGUUCCUGCUUUAUCAUAUCAUGAAAAAGUAAUUGAUCACUUUGAGAACCCAAGAAAUGUGGGCUCGUUGAACAAGACCGACAAAAAUGUUGGAACAGGACUUGUUGGAGCUCCGGCAUGUGGAGACGUCAUGAAGCUGCAGAUCAAGGUCGAUGAUGAUGGAACCAUCAUUGAUGCCAAAUUCAAGACAUUUGGAUGUGGAAGUGCUAUUGCAUCGAGUUCUCUGGCUACUGAGUGGGUCAAGGGCAA